AUGAAAUUCUCUCAUUCCUUACAGUUUAAUGCUGUACCAGAAUGGUCUUCAAAAUACAUUGCCUAUACAACUUUGAAGAAGUUGAUUUAUUCCCUUCAACGAGAUAACUUAAGAAGAGGAUACGAAGGAGAAGGAACUGAUUUAGAAGCUGCCCAUUUGAUAACCGAAGGAGGCUAUGCAUCUACUGGUAGAUUAGGUGAUACUGAAUCAGUUUCUGCUGUAUUCAUUGCUGCCCUUGAUGCUGAAUUGAAGAAAAUUGACUCCUUCUAUCAGCAACAAGAAGAGUUCAUUUACAAAAGUAUUGAUCAAUUGAUGAAUGACAUUGAGAAUUUUGAACACGAAAUAGACAGUUCAUUGGUUAUGUCCCUGCAAUUUAAAGCUAGAGGAAGAGCUCAUUCAGCUUUGUCCAGCGACUAUGUCGUCAACACAACUGAUCCUGACACAGAAUUCACUCAAGCUGAAGAUGACGAUGAUGAAGAAGAAGAAGAAGUAGGUACAGAAGGAGCAGCUAGUGAUGAUGGUUCCAAAAGAAAAAGAUUUGCUUCUGUUCCUAACUUGCCCUCGGAUGGUGCUACUUCGUUACGUCAUUCUCGUUCUAUUGACGAAUAUCUCAAGUCUCCUAGAUCCCCAGAAGUUUGGAACAAUUUGAAUCAAGUUGCAGGCAAAGCUAAUGUUCCUCCUCAAUUGCUCUUAUUGAGCGAAAGUAGAAUUAUCUUGAGAAAGCGUAUCAUUGGGUUAUACACCACUUUAUCCGAAUUGAAGUCUUAUAUUGAAUUGAAUCAAACCGGGUUUAAGAAAGCUUCAAAGAAGUUUGACAAAUCUUUAAACACCAACAUAAAGGAUGAAUAUUUGAAAUCCUUACCUGAAAAGUCCUAUAUUUUCAAACCAGCCACCAUUGAUAAAGUGGAUGAUCGUCUUGAAGCCUUGAUUAAACUUUAUGCGUUAAUCUGUAACCAAGGUGAUGAUUUGGAAGCUGCCAAAUCCGAAUUAUCGAUCCACUUACGUGAACAUGUGGUUUGGGAAAGAAAUACCGUUUGGAGAGAUAUGAUUGGGUUGGAAAGAAAAUCUUAUGCUGCAAAUGCAAAGCUUUCAGAUCGUGAACGUGGAGAAAAGGCUGAAGAAGGUUCGGAUAAUAAAAUGAUUCAAGGGUUCAAUAUCUCAUUAAAGAAUCCAGUUGUGUUGAAGUUUUUGACUAUUUUGACCAUUACGGUUGUUUUACUUAACUUUUCUCCGUUUACUGAUUCAGCUCAGAAGAAUUGUUUUGCAUUAUUGAUUUGUGCUUCGUUACUUUGGGCUACUGAAACAAUUCCACUUUUUGUAACUUCGUUGUUAAUACCAUUACUUAUUGUUAAUUUACAAGUUAUAAAGAAUGACGAUGGAACAAUUAUGCCUACUGUCGAUGCUUCUAAAUUCAUUUUAUCAACUAUGUGGAAUUCAGUUAUCUUAUUAUUGUUAGGUGGGUUCACUUUAGCUGCUGCAUUGACCAAAUACCAUAUUGCCAAGUUAAUUUCCACCUGGAUUCUUUCUAAAGCUGGUACAAAUCCUUCAGUUGUGUUAUUGACAAUUAUGGGAGUUGCUCUUUUUGCAUCCAUGUGGGUGUCGAAUGUUGCUGCUCCAGUGUUGUGCUUCUCUUUGAUUCAACCACUUUUAAGAACAUUGCCAAAGGGAUCACAAUUCAUCAAUGCCUUGAUUUUGGGUAUUGCCCUUGCAUCCAACAUUGGAGGUAUGGCUUCACCAAUUGCAUCUCCACAAAACAUGAUUGCCAUUGGAUCAAUGGAGCCUCAACCUUCAUGGGGUCAAUGGUUUGUCAUUGCUUUGCCUGUUUGUAUCUUAUCAUUGUUGUUGAUUUGGAUCUUUUUAUUAAUUACUUUCAACUGUAACUCAAGAAAUACCCAUUUGGUUGCAAUUAGAACUAUUGAUGACAAGUUUUCCGCCAUUCAAUGGUUUAUCAUUGCUGUUACCGUGUUGACUAUUUUCCUUUGGUGUAUUGCAUCAAGAUUGACUGGUAUUUUCGGAGAAAUGGGUAUCAUUGCUUUGAUUCCACUUGUUUUAUUCUUUGGUUCGGGAUUAUUAAACACCGAAGAUUUCAAUAACUAUCCAUGGAAUAUUGUCAUUUUAGCAAUGGGUGGUACUGCGUUAGGUAAAGCUGUUGCAUCGUCCGGAUUAUUGAACACAAUUGCAAUUGAAAUUCAACAUCAAGUUGAAGAUUUCUCAUUGUUUGGAGUUACUUUAACAUUUGGAUUUUUGAUUUUAACCAUGGCUACAUUUGUUUCUCAUACCGUUGCUGCUUUAAUUAUUAUUCCAUUAGUUAGUGAAAUCGGUAAUAAUAUGGCCGAACCUCAUCCAAGGUUAUUGAUCAUGGCAAGUGCCUUGCUAUGCUCGGCUGCCAUGGGUUUGCCUACCUCUGGGUUCCCUAACGUCACUGCUAUUUGUAUGACUGAUGAGUUUGGUAAGCCAUAUUUGACGGUAGGUACAUUUAUCACUAGAGGUGUUCCAAGUUCAGUGAUUGCUUAUGCAAUUAUUGUUUCUGUUGGGUAUGCCACUAUGAAAAUCAUUAAUUUUUAG